GAUGGAGGAGGAGAAAGUACUGACGUAUUCUCUCUCUCUCUCUUUCUCUUUCUCUCUCUCAGCAUGCUGCAGCCUGUGUGGAGCAGUAAAACCUGGGCAAAACCUGGUGUGCUAAAAUCAGGGGGAACACAACAGUGUCGUAAGCACAGAGACAACAGGUUUCUUCAUAGGAGAAAGAAAAAAGAGGAUAAAAAGGAGAGAGAGGGAGGGAGAAAGAGAGAGUGAAUUAAAAUCUGAAGGUAAAAUACUAAGAAAUACAGACAAAAACAAAAACAGAGAAAAAGACUCUAGAUAGAGAGGGAGAGGGAAAGUUCAUCCGACAUUGUUAUCCGACUCAGUCCUUUUUGGAUUUUCUGAUAAAACUUCUGCAUUUCAAACGCUCCCUCCACAAUCACACUGGCCUUCCCAAUGACCCCAGAAAAUACUAACAGCACUGUCCGCCCCGAGACUUCUUCAGAAAUUUCCUUCAUCAUUGGCACCUUCAUCCUGGUCAUGGUCUUCCUCCUAGGUGUCCCAGGAAACCUCUUUAUCAUCUGGAGCAUCCUGGCCCGGGCCCGCAAACGCUCCGUCACCACACUGCUAAUCCUGAACCUAGCCUGUGCUGACGGCACCAUCAUGUGCCUCACCGUGUUUUUCUUUACGUACCUAGCCAAACAAUGCUGGGUGUUUGGCCGAGUGAUGUGUAAGCUACUCUUCUACCUGUGCAACACAAACAUGUACGCCUCCAUCAUGCUGAUCACGCUGAUGAGCCUGCACAGGCUGGUGGCCGUGCUGUGGCCCCACCGCGUCCACGCCCUCGCCCGUCGCAGGAAUGUCCUGGCUAUUCUCAUUGGGAUGUGGCUGCUGGUCUUCACUCUGGCUUUGCCAGCUUUAAUUUUUAGAGAGGAGCGGCUGAACAAAAAACAACGAUUGCUCUGCGAUCACAACCACAACUCAACUAGCUACGUGGUGCUCCAGUUCAUGACAGAGACAUCGGUGGGCUUCCUGAUCCCGUAUGGAAUAAUCCUGGGCAGCUACAUGUGCAUCCUGCGACGCCUCAGGCAGUCCAAGUUUAAGAGGAGAGUCCACAGUGAGAAGCUGAUCCUGGCCAUUGUAGUGACCUUUGCUGUGUUCUGGCUGCCCUACCACAUUAUCAAUAUUGUGCAGGUUGCAGCUGCAUGUACAUCAGAGAAUUCGAAUCUCAAGGAAACACUAGAUAAAAUUUGGCAGUCCUGCCGCCCGGUGACCUCUGCCCUGGCCUUCAUCAGCAGCAGUGCUAACCCGGUGCUGUACACGUUUGCCGGACGAUCCUACAUAAGAGCUGAUGGCUUUGCAUUUAUGGCCCGGCUCUUCGAGGGUAUAGCCUCAGACUCUAACGGCAGAAAAGCUGAGCAGGUCGGUCGAGAGAAAAUGGCUCUGGGGCUGAAAACCUCCCCAAACUCCACCAGCGCUUAUGUUAAAACAUAGAACCCAAAACAUGGGGUGUUAAAGAAACCUGCAGAUGAUGUAAAAAAACUGAUUAUAAAAUGUAAGGUAUACAAACAAGAGUAUUGGUACACCUGUUUAUUCAUUGUUUCUUUCUAAUUAAAAGGUGUUUUUAUCCUG